GGUGAGGAAUCAGAUGCUGUGAUUACGAAUGCACAGGACGGCAGUGGGUUUAACAAUGCCAAUUUUAUGACGCCCCCCAAUGCGCAGAAUGGUCGAUGCCGUAUGUACCUCUGGAACACGGCAAACCCUUACCGCGAUGGUGACAUGGAAGCUGACAUCGUCAUCCACGAGCUUGCGCAUAGUCUCAGCACGCGCUUGACGGGUGGCCCCAAGAACAGUGGGUGCCUUGGCUGGGGUGAGAGUGUUGGGGUGGCAAGUUUAUUCUCCCAGAUUUGUCUCCACCUGACGUGCAAUAAGCAGCGCAAGUACAUACUUCAUGUCUGCACUUCAUUGGGGAGAUCUCUUACGACACUUCCACAGUUAAUACAACAAGCAUAUUCGAGCGCACAGGCCCAGGUGGAUUAA